AGAUAUAUUGUUUACCACGUGCGUUUUCUCCCUUUCCGAAGUGAUUUUCUAAAACGUGGUUUAUUUGUAAGGUAAAUUUGGUAGAUAACCCGUUGUCUAUAAUAGGAAAAUGCCGAAAUCCAAAAGAGAUAAAAAAGUAUCCCUUACAAAAACAAACAAGAAAGGACUUCAGCUAAAACAGAAAACUAUAGAAGAAAUAAGAAAUUGCUUGACUAAAUAUGAGCACAUAUUUCUGUUUACUGUGGACAACAUGAGAAAUGCCAAACUCAAAGAUUUACGCCACGAAUGGAAGGACUCUAGAUUCUUUUUCGGCAAAAACAAAGUCAUGGCAAUAGCUCUUGGUAGGACUAAAAAUGAUGAAGUUGAAGAUCAGCUUAAUUUGCUAUCAAAAAAAAUAAAAGGUCAAUGUGGCCUCCUAAUGACGAACAGAGAUGUGGUAGAUGUUCUGCAGUGGUUUGAUGACUUCAGUGAGUCCGAGUAUGCACGGUCGGGCUUUGUAGCCACUGAAGAGGUGAUUCUGCCCCAGGGGCCUCUAGAAGAUUUUUCUCACACCAUUGAGCCCCAUUUAAGGAAACUUGGACUGCCUACUUCCCUCGAGAGAGGUGUUGUUACUCUCAUUAAAGAAUAUCAGGUUUGCAAAAAAGGUGCCGUCCUAACCCCAGAGCAGGCCAGUAUAUUGAAGCUAAUUGGUAAGCAAAUAGCGGAAUUUAAAGUCACCAUAAAGUGCCAUUGGUCCAAAGGCAAGGGAUUCCACAAAGAUAUUGACGGUCUUAGUGAUAACGAAGAAGAAGAUGACAAGGAGGAUAAUGGGAAUGAAGAUGAGGAGAUGGAAGAGGAUGAAACAUAGAUGUUUCAUAAGAACCUGUUUGGUUUUUCCAAUAUACAACUAGUUAUUA